AUCUAUUGCCGCCGACUUGAUCCCAGAACCUUCCAUCCCCUGUUGGCGACAAUCACUAUCGAACCUCACCUUUGCUCCCCAGACACGACCAGCCUCCUACUUACCACGCGCGAUGGCGGACGAAUACGAUCCCGAAAACCAAGGAAAUGCUUGGGAAGACGAUGAAGGUUAUGGUGUUGCAGAUGACAUUCAACAAUCAGAAAAUACACAGCAUAGCGCCCAUCAAGAUCAAGCUUUAUCUGUUGACCAAGCCCCUCGUGCUUCUGGUGAUACCCCAUCGAACGAUGGCGCCUCAGAUGUAGGCGACUAUGACCCAGAGGCGGUCACGUCUAGCAUGGACCAUACUCCACAGAUUGUUGAGCCGAAGGCUCCCCUCAAGCCUUUGCCCCAACCCGCGUCGAAGAAGCCCAAGACAGCCGGAGGCUUCCUAGUGGGAGACUCGGAUUCUGAAGAUGAUGCACCUACACCUACAUCCAAUGGUCUUCCUGUCCCGGGUCCCAGCCCUCAGGCCAAACCCCGGGCCCGUUCACCAUUGCAGCAUUCCAUGGCAGCGGAAGAGGCCGGGCACAGCACUCCUAACACAGCCUUCCCUCACCAGUCCAAUGAGACUGCUCCUGCUCCCGGCAACGGACCCGGCGCCGGUCCCAGAGCUGCUGCCUCCACGUCGAGCCCCAAGUCAAAACCCCCUCAUGACAAGAUAGCCAUCCUAGAGGGCCGAGUUCGCGAAGAUCCUCGUGGUGCAAUGGAUUCUUGGAUGGCACUCAUUGCCGAAUACCGUGCGCGGAACAAGGUUGAUGAAGCAAGGGAUGUGUACGAGCGCUUUUUGGCAGUCUUUCCGCAAGCAGCCGAUGUUUGGGCCGCUUAUCUUGAGAUGGAGCUGGGCAUGAAUAACUUUGUCGAGACCGAGCGUAUCUUCAGCAUGUGCCUCAUGGGAACACAGAACGUGAACCUGUGGACUAAAUACCUCGACUACAUCCGCCGACGGAACGAUCUGAACGAUAGCACUGGACAUGCCAGACAAGUUGUGGCCCAAGCGUACGAGUUCGUCAUCGACAACAUCGGGCUCGAUAAGGACUCCGGGAGGAUCUGGACCGAGUACAUCCAGUUCAUCAAGUUCGGUCCCGGCCAGGUUGGUGGGAGCAGUUGGCAAGAUCAGCAGAAGAUGGAUCAGCUGCGCAAGGCGUACCAGCGAGCCAUCUGCGUGCCGAUCCAGAACGUCAACACUCUGUGGAAGGAGUACGACCAGUUUGAGAUGGGCUUGAACAAGACCACGGGUCGCAAAUUCUUGGCCGAGCGCUCGCCUGCGUACAUGUCGGCCAAGAGCGCCAACACGGCGUUGGAAAACAUCACCCGGGGACUGCAGCGGACCAAUCUACCGCGCUUGCCGCCUGCUCCCGGAUUCGACGGAGACCAGGAAUACAUGGAGCAAGUCGACAUCUGGAAGAAAUGGAUCGCCUUUGAGAAGUCGGACCCGCUUGAUAUCAAGACCGAUGAGCCUGAACUUCUCAAGAAACGCAUCUUAUAUGCCUACAAGCAGGCCUUGAUGGCCUUGCGAUUCUGGCCCGAGAUGUGGGUCGAUGCUGCCGAGUGGGCGUUCGAGAACAACGUGGCUACGAACGGCACCGAUGUCGGCUUGGACCUCCUCCGGCAAGGCAUCGCGGCCAACCCCGAGAGUGUCCUGCUCGCCUUGAAGCACGCCGACCGCAUCGAGAUGACCUUCCCCGUAGAGGAGAAUGACGAGGCCAAGACUGCAAGAGGCCGGGCCGUACGAGAACCGUACAACAAGGUUCUCGAUACCUUGUACGAUAUGAUCAAGAGUCUGAAGGAGCGGGAGAAGAUCGAGAUUACCAGGAUCGAGGAGGCUGCAGGCCGAGAGGCGUCUGUCGCGCCCAGGGUCGACGAUGACGACGACGACGAUGAUGAUGAUGGCGACGUUGGUGCGUCGGACAGAGCGGCGAGGGAGAGGGUGAAGGAGGAGCAGGUCAAGGCUGUGCAACAGGGCUUUGCCGCGCAAACGCAGCUUCUCUCCAGAACAAUCUCUUUCGUCUGGAUCGCACUGGCACGAGCAAUGCGCCGAAUCCAGGGCAAGGGGAAGCCCGGCACAUCUCUUGGAGGGCUGCGGCAGGUAUUCACGGAUGCCCGCCAACGAGGCCGGCUGACGAGCGAUGUCUAUGUUGCAAUCGCCCAGCUCGAGUGGACCGUGUAUAAAGAACCCGCCGGCGCCAAGAUCUUUGAGCGAGGCUCGAAGCUCUUCCCUGAAGACGAAAACUUCACCGUCGAGUACCUCAAGUUCCUUCAUUCGCGGGACGACUUCACGAACGCCCGCGUGGUAUUCGAAACCUGUGUCAACAGGCUCACCCAGAAGCCCGAACUAGUCCACAAAGCAAAGCCGCUCUAUGCCUAUUUCCACAGGUACGAGUCUCGCUUUGGUGAGCUUACUCAGGUUGCCAAGCUCGAGAAGCGGAUGGCGGAGCUCUUCCCCGAGGAUCCAACGCUCUCCCACUUUAGUGCGCGCUUCUCGACAACCAAGUUUGAUCCCAUCGCUGCACGUGUCAUCGUCUCGCCCGCCACGCAGCUGAGGCCGAAGUUCCCCGUCAUGCCGUCAAUCGAGCAACGGGCGGUCUCUGCUCAGGCCUCGCCACGGCCGCAGGCCCCGAGGGCACAGCACAACUCGCCACGUCCACAGCAUCAUCAUCUCCAGGCUACCAACUCCCCCAAGAGACCCUUCCCCGGCGACGACUUUGAGGACCUGAACCCCCCUCGCAAGAUGUUGCGAGGUGAAGAAUUCCAGCGUGGCGCCUCGCCUCUGAAGGGCGCUGCUGGCCGUAGACUGGACCAGCAACGCCGCCAAGGUGUGACAUCUCACAACACCGCAGCCCCCAGCAUUCCGCGAGACAUCACCUUCUUGCUCGGCCUGAUUCCUGCGGCGAAUACAUACAACUCGCAGCGCUUCAGUGCUCGAGGAAUGGUCAAGUUGCUGCAGGACACGACAAUCCCGGAUUAUGCUACCUGGAAAAACCGAGACCAGGGCAGCCAGCGACACAAUGCCCAACCCGGCUCCCACGCCCGCCAUACAUCAUCCUCCGAGUAUACCAAUCAAUACGGCUUCCAGAGCCGAGAUUCGCCCAACCCUCAGGGCCGACCGAUAAGCCCAUACACGGGGGUCGGAGCGGACCGCGGUCGUUUGGCGGGCGCGACUGCUCCUUAUCAGCAAUCCUCACUGCGACCCAGCUCGAGCGGCGGAGCCUACGAGCACCCCCCAGCCGCGUACUCACAGCCCCCUCCUCUUCAACCACCACCCUCCUAUGGACAAGGCGUACCACCACCCGCUCAGACACCCUACGACGGUGGGGCCUGGCCGCCUUACGGCGCGGCUCCCCCUCCAAUGGCCCCUCAAGGCUAUCCUCCCCCACCUACGAGCUAUACCCAGGGUCCACCCCAAACCCAGCCACCGUAUGGGCGGUAUCCAUACUAAACAAAAUACAAAAGAAGGCCGGCUUUGCGGUGCACAUGUGGCUGGCGAUGGCGGGAUCACCUGGAUCACGCCACCCACGCCCGGAAACUUCACUCGCCGUUCUUGAUUCACGCUGUACUAGCCUAGUCAC